AUCUUCAUCUACAUGAUUGUUAUAUGAUACAUGGUUUCCUUUCUGAUGACACCACACUGAAACACUGAAUCAAAAACGAAACCAAGCAAUAAGGAUGUCAAACAAACGCAUCUAGAGUCAGUGUUUAAGUCAGAGGACGUCCCGACUUGACACAGCCGGUUCGGUCAUGAGAAGCAAGCCAACAAGCAACCAAACAAAAAGUUGAAACUCUAGGCUACAAAAAGCACAUCCUUAGAGGACGUACGGAUAGAAAAUGGAGAACCGAAACAGAGGGGAAAGGGCAAGACCAAGACCAAACGCUGGGCAAAGAGGAGAGCUUGGAAAUAGACAGGCCAAUGGUGCACCAAAUUGGGAAAGACGAGGUGGUGGAGCUGGAAGAGGUGGAGGACGUGGCAGAGGAAGAGGUGGGGCAGGAAGGGGAGCAGCAAGAGGGCGUGGAGGAGGGCCCAUGAGAGAUGCCAUAUUCAACAGAGACGACCAUCAGGAGAACAGGAGGGCCGAGGGUCAGGCUCAGAGAGGAGGUGGGGGUGAUGAGGCCCAGAGAGGAAGAGGAGGGAGAAAUGGCGUCAGAGGCCGAGGGGCAGGGGCGGGCAGGGGCACUGGGAGAGACGGCACACCUCCGGUGCGAAAAAUAGGUUUAAAAUAUUUGGAGGAACUUAUGGAAAAGGAGGCUUCUGAGGUUGCCAUUACACUGUCCACCAACAGUGGUCUACAGGUUCUGCUGGAGGAGAGAACAAUGGGUCAUGAUCUGGUCCAGCUGCUUUGCGAGAUUUUAUGCAAAGCCUUCCAGUCUAAACAUGACCGCAAGACUGUCCAGCACUUGGCCAGAGUGAUAAAAGAUUCCGGGUUUAUGCGCACGAUACUGCCACAUUAUGUGACUGGAAUGAUGUCAGACCACCUCCCAGCUCGGCGAGAAAGAUACCCGCAGAAUUUGGACACCAUCAUAAGUCUGCUAAACAACGUGUUCAGCAUCUACCCCGCCAGUUCGGUCGGCGUGGUGUCCACCCUGGUGCUGCUCCUGAAGCCGGCCAUCAACCAGCUGCGAGCCUCGGGUCUGGACAUUCUGGAUGAGACCGAGGAGAGCCUGGACAAGGUCCAAGAGCUGGUGGGUCACCAGCAGCAGAAGGCCCGCGAAGGCACGCUGCGCUCGGACAACUACUCCUUCCUGGCGGCCGACGAGGACGCACCUCCGGGGGAGGAGGACUUCCGCACCAUGACCAUCUACCCCACGCCCGAGGAGUUCCACCAGGAUGAGAAGCCCUUUCUGAGGCCCAACAUCACGUCGCAGCGCUACCCUAGUGGUCACGUCUACCUGGACACACACUUCCGUCUGCUGCGGGAGGACUUUGUGCGGCCCCUGCGCGAGGGCAUCCGGCAGCUGCUCCAGACGCAGGCUGACCAGUCCCUGGAUGGCACGCCCAUGAAAAAGAGGCGUUUUGAUGACAUCCGGAUCUACUUUGACACCCGGCUGGUCGUCCCACUGUGCACUUCCACAGGCGUUGCCUACAAAGUGCAGUUUGACCCGCGUCCUCUUCAAUUUGUCCGCUGGCAGAAUUCCAAGCGGCUGAUCUACGGCUCUCUCGUCUGCCUGUCUAUGGACAACUUUGAUACCUUCCUAUUUGCCACGGUGACUGACCGGAAGGUGGAGGACCUCCAGCAGGGGCAGGUCCUUCUCAGCUUCUCUCGGGACAGCCGCCCAGCACUGGCCCGAGUGCGGCCCUCCGACUCUUUCCUGAUGGUGGAGACCACAGCAUACUUUGAGGCCUAUCGUUAUGUCUUAGAGGGCCUUCAAGAGCAACUGGUGGAAGACCUUCCCUUCCAGAGGUAUAUUGUAGAAUGCAACCCAGAUAUACAUCCCCCUGCCUAUCUUCGUACGGAGCCAAGGCAGUACAAUCUGUCCAGCAUCGCAGCUGAGGGCUUUAAGGACAGUGUGCAACCUUUCAACCCCCUGACCGCUGACGCGUGGCCCAGUGAGGAGCAGUUGGGGCUGGACGAAAGCCAGAUCAGAGCCCUCAAACUGGCCCUCACCAAGGAGCUGGCCAUCAUACAGGGACCACCAGGCACAGGAAAGACUCAUGUUGGACUGAAAAUUGCCCACGCCCUUCUGGAUAAUCAUGGAGCCUGGGGCUAUGGCUCUCCCAUGCUGGUAGUGUGCUACACUAAUCAUGCACUGGACCAGUUCCUGGAAGGAAUUCACAAGUUUUUGGAAAAGGGCAUUGUGCGGGUCGGAGGGCGAAGCAACAGCGAGGUGCUUAAGCGCUUCGCCCUCAGGGAGCUGACUCGCUCACCGCAAUUUCGCCGUGAACUUCCCCAGCAUCUCCGCCGUGCCUACUUUGAGAUCCAUAAGGAGCUGGCGGAAGCCGAGCAGCUGAUUAAAAGGCAGGCCGCCCAGCUGGAGUGCAGUCUGCGUGGAGUCAUCCACGAGCAGUUCCUGGAAAGGUACAUCUCCGAAGUGCACUGGGACAGCCUGUGUGUGCAGCCGCUUGCAGAUGGGUUCCAGAGUGUCGGCGAACGGCAAUCCAUGAUCCUGGAGUGGUUGGGCUUCGGAUCCACCCAUUUCCAGUACCGGCCCAACGGGAACCACGACGAGGAGGAGGAUGGCGUGGAGCCGAUGGACGUUGACCUGAUCGAGGUGGACGAGGAGGCCGAUCUGAUCCAGGCAGAGCGUGUCCUGGACGACGCCAUCCAUCGAGACCAGGACCGCGACCAGGAGCGAGAGCGCAAGAAGAGGAAGGACGAGGAGAACGUGGAGGAGCUGGCUCAUCUGAUGCUGGCCAUGAACGUGGGCAGGGCCCGGGCAGAGGAGGAGCAGCAGCCUCCAGGCCAGAGCCAAGCCGGGGAAGAGUGGGAGAUGCAAAAGCAGCAGAAGAGGAAGUUGAAGCAGACGAUGCGCGCCGAGCUGAAGAAGAGCUCGGCCAUGACCGAAGCCGAGGAGGCGAGAGUGACCAACAUCUGGACUCUUCCGCCAAAAGAGAAGUGGAAGCUGUACCGCCUGUGGAUCUACCGGUUCCAGACGGAGCAGCGCACGCGGGUCCUGCAGACCGAGCAAGUGUACCAGGACGCGGCCGAGCGGCUGGCCGAGAUCCGCAUGCGGGAGGACCUGUGCGUGCUGCGCGACGCCAAGGUCAUCGGCAUGACCACGACCGGGGCAGCCAAGUACAGGCAGGCCCUGCAGGAAGUGCGCCCCCGCCUGGUGAUCGUGGAGGAGGCGGCCGAGGUGCUGGAGGCCCACACCAUCACCACGCUCAGCAGGGCCUGUCAGCACCUCAUCCUCAUUGGGGACCACCAGCAGCUUAGACCCAGUGCCACGGUUUAUGAACUGGCCAGAAACUUCAACCUGGAGGUGUCCAUGUUCGAGCGCCUUGUGACCGUAGACUUCCCUUACGUCCGCCUCAACUACCAGCACCGAAUGCGUCCUGAAAUCGCCCGUCUGCUCACUCCCCAUAUAUACUCGGAGCUUGAGAACCACCCCUCUGUGCUGGAUUAUGAGAAUGUUAAGGGGGUGCUUACCAACCUGUUCUUCGUGGAGCAUCAGGCGCCAGAAGAGGAGAUCAAGGAUGGCCGCAGCCACCAGAACAUGCACGAGGCCACUUUUGUGGUGGCGCUGUGCCGCUACCUGCUCCACCAGGGAUACCAGCCCUCGCAGAUCACCAUCCUCACCACGUACACAGGCCAGCUCUACUGCCUGCGCAAACUCAUGCCCUCCAAGGAGUUCGCCGGGGUCAAAGUGCAUGUGGUGGACAAGUACCAGGGCGAGGAGAACGACAUUGUCAUCCUGUCGUUGGUGCGGAGCAACCGUGAGGGGCGCGUGGGUUUCCUGCAGAUCCCCAACCGCGUGUGCGUGGCGCUGUCGCGUGCCAAGCGGGGCCUGUACUGCCUGGGCGACAUGGGCAUGUUGAGCCGGGUCAAGCUGUGGAGCGCCAUCCUGCACACGCUGCGCGAGCACGGGCAGGUGGGGCGGGCGCUGGCGCUGAGCUGCCAGAACCACCCGGAGCGCAGCACGGCGGUGGCGUCGGCGGCCGACUUCGCCAGCGUGCCCGAGGGCGGCUGUAGCCAGCCGUGCGAGUUCCGGCUGGCGUGCGGCCACGUGUGCACGCGCGCCUGCCACCCGUACGACGCCGAGCACAAGGAGUUCCUCUGCGUCAAGGAAUGCCCGCGGGUGCUGUGCGAGCUCGGCCACCGCUGCCCACGCCUCUGCCACCAGAAGUGCGGCAAGUGCAGCCUGCCCGUCAAGAAGGUGAUCCCGCGCUGCCAGCACGAGCAGAUGGUGCCCUGCCAUGAAGACGCCUGCCACUUCGUCUGCCAGGUGCCCUGCGAGAAAGCCCUUAAGUGUGGUCACGUGUGUGACGCCAAAUGCGGGGAGCCGUGCACGGACCGCUGUAUGGUGAAGGUCACCAUGACGCUCAAGUGCGGUCACACCCAGAAAGUGCACUGUUAUCAGGUGAGAGAGCCAGAGGAGCCGCCCUGCCAGACCAAGUGCGGCACCACGCUCAAAUGCGGCCACCCGUGCCCGGGCACCUGCCAUGGGUGCAAGCGCGGGCGCCUCCACCGUCCGUGCAACAAGAAGUGCCAGCACGUGCUGGUGUGCUCGCACCAGUGCCACGAGCCGUGCACGCGCGACUGCCCGCCCUGCAGCCGGCCCUGCCAGAACCGCUGCAUUCACAGCGCCUGCCGCAGGUCAUGCGGGCAGCCUUGCGCCCCUUGUGCUGAGCCCUGUACGUGGAGUUGCCCGCACCGCCGCUGUGGCAAGCUCUGCCACGAGCCUUGUGACCGAGAGCCCUGCGACGAGCCCUGCGAUAAGCGCCUGCCCUGCGGCCACCCUUGCAUCGGCCUUUGCGGCGACCCGUGCCCCAGCAAGUGCCGCGUGUGCCACCGCUGACGGGUGUCGAG